AUGACAUAUAACUCACAAACUAUUGAUCCAACUUUAAUCUCAAAAACAUUAGAAUCCCCGACUACAAUCGACCACACUCCGUCUAUUGUAAGUAUCUAUGAUAUUCGUAGCACUCGACGUCGUCUUUUCAUUUUAAUUACGUUAUCAUUCUCUGGUCUUAUUCUUCCUUUUUCUGAUACCGUCUAUUUACCGGCAUUAAUCGAGAUAGAACAUGACUUACAUGCAAGUACUACACUAGUCGAUUAUACAGUUUCGGCAUAUCUUAUUGCAGCCGGCGUUGUUGGUCUUCUAUGGGGUCCUUUGGGUGAUCGAUAUGGGCGUAAAAUUAUACUUUUAAUAUCGUUCGGUUUCUUUGUUGCAUUUACUAUUGUGUGUAUUCUGGCACGUUCGAUUAUUGUACUACUUAUUUUUCGUGCAUUACAAGGUGGAGCAAUAUCUGCAUCAUUUGUUGUCGGACAAAGUGUUAUUGUUGAUAUAUAUCGAUCUGAAAAUCUUGGUUUUGCCAUGGGUCUUUUUCUUGUUCCAUUACUUGUCGGACCUAUCCUUGGUCCAUUUAUUGGUGGUGCUUUAUCGAAUUGGCUCGGAUGGCGAAGUACAUUUAUUACAUUGGCUAUCUUAGCUGUCCUAUCUGCUAUUCUAAUUCUUGUAUUUGUUCCUGAAACACAUCAUUACUUUGUAAUGAAACAAUUACGAAAUCCAACGAAUAAAUGCUGUUCUAAUAAGAAGAAAAUAGAUGCAAUAGAAGUUCAAGAAGCUGAUAGUAUUUUAAAGCCUCAUUUUAUGGCACCGUGGCGUCCAUUUGUAUUCUUAUUCGAUAUAACUAUGGCACCACAUAUAAUUGCUUGUAACAUUAAUUAUGGUUGUUUAUUUAUUAUACUUACUCUUAUGUCUAAUCGAGCAUCUGAAGAACCAUAUAAAUUAACUCCGUUCAUCGUUGGUGUUUGUUAUAUUCCAACUGGUAUAUCUUCACUUGUUGGUAGUUUAUUGGGAGGUUAUGUUUCAGAUUGCUCAGCCAAACGUUUUUCACGAGUCAUGGAAGGUCGUCUCAUUUUCAGUUUAUUAGGUUCUCUAACUUGUCCUAUUGGAUUAUUAAUAUGUGGAUGGACGUUUCAUUUUGGUGUUCAUAUAGUUGUACCAAUUCUUGGCAUCGUCAUCUUUUGUUUUGGUGAAACAUUUUUAUUUACGAGCGUUUGCGCGUUUAUCAAUGUUAAGAAACCAGCAAUGGCUGGUGCACUUCUUGCGCUCCUUAAUUCGCUCAGUUUUACAUUUGCUGGUGUAGGACUUAUCGUUACUGUUCCAUUAGUGAAAUUGAUAAAUUAUGGACCAUUGUUCAGUAUUUUGGCUGGAUUAAAUUUUCUUAUUAUAAUUAUUGCUACAGGAGUUGUAUUGUAUCAGAUUCGAAAAUCCAGAAUUGUGAUCUUAACAUCCAAUAAUUUAAACAAGGAACCUUGA